UCAGAUAUUGAUCGGUUGAGGCGUGGAUUACUGAAAUAAUUACAAAUCUCUUGAGCAGUUGCUUUUUAUUGGUGGGGCCUAAGUAGGUCUUUCAUAACUAUCGUCUUGGGUAAUUGGAUAAUAACAUAAUGGAUGGAAAUUCGUUGGACUUGUCGGGAAAGAAAGAGGAGAAACAGCCUCUGGCCAGCUAUAAAGCAAUACCCGAAGCAGAUAUGGAAGACGAAGCUAUUUCUUCAGCAAAAGUCGAACGCAAAGGUAAGAAUUGCAUUGAUAAGGACGGCGCUCAUGAGAAGAUGUUACCAGAUGAAGAAUCUCAGUUUAAUUCCAAUGAUGUGGAUAUACCUGAACAUAAGGUGAUCAUCAAGGAGAAGAAUGGGGAUACUAAGUUAGAUAUUGGGGAACUCAAAUCUGCCUUUGCUGGCAUGGGAAAAGAGGAACUUAUGAAAUAUGCCAAUGAUCCAUUUUGGAUAAGAAUUCGUUGGUUUCUCUUCAUACUUUUUUGGCUCUCGUGGUUGGGUAUGCUUAUAGGUGCAAUAGCUAUUAUCUACAAAGCUCCUAAAUGCCUAUCGCCUGAGUCAAAACAAUGGUGGGAAGAAGGCCCUCUUGCAGAAAUCAAGGCAGAUAUCAGCCCAGACAACCUGAAGGAAUUGAAAGAUAGUGGUAUCAAGGCACUGAUUGUGGAGUGGUCAGAUGAUAUUUACGACAAAAUAAACGACUCUCACAGAGUUAUCAGUUUGAUGGAAAAGGGGAAGGAGCUUGAUCUUCCCAUUAUCUUGGACUUUGAAGCUAGUAUGUCUAAUAUUUGGUUUGAGAAUUCUGAAAAUGGAGGAGAAUAUAGCGAUUAUUAUAUAUGGAAAGAAUCUGAUAAAGUAAAUGCUUCAGGAGCACCUAUACCCCCCAACAAUUGGAUUUCUAGGAGAAAUGAAUCGUCCUGGAAAUUCUCCGCCAUUCGAAAAGAAUUCUACUAUGCUCCUGAAGGGUGGCCCCAACUCAACUUCCGCAAUGACAAUGUAACUGAAGAAUUCGCCAGUGUUCUAAAGAAAUUCUCUGACAAAGGAGCCAGAGGAUUCAGAAUUCGUGACGCCCAUCUUUUACUUGUUGAUCCUCAAUUCAAAGAUCAAGAACCAGAUAAAUCAAAUGAAGUUACGGAAAAAGGCUACUUCUUGAAUGAUUACGGUUUCUAUGUCCAUUCCAAAACGGAAAAUCUGCUCGAACUGGGACCGCUUCUAAAGAAGUGGAGGAAGGUUGCCAAGAAUGUCACAAAUAACGGCCCCUUUAUGGUGAAAAAUAUUGGGGAAAAAGUUGAGGCAUAUAAAGUAAAUGGAGUUUUCGUGGUGGACUUGCCGGCCCAUGUUAAUAUCUUCCACAAAGCAGUCUUUGAACCAGAGAAAAUAGUGCAUACGUUAGAAUAUAUCUUCAAAACACUUCAAUUCCAGUGGCCUCUAUGGGCUCACAAAUCUAACUCUUUGCCGCAGGAUGUUCAAGAUUCAGUAACUUAUCUUCUACCAGGUGUUCCUCUUCUAGAAGGAGGUGCAACUGUAAAUCAAGAGCUUUUGAAAUUACGUUCUUUACCGCCAAUACUGCAAGGCGAAUUUGCCUGCAAGGCUGUUGCCAAUAAUAGUGUAUUAGCUUUCACCAGGUUAACAUCAGGAAGUCCUGCUAUUCUGGUUGCUGUGAAUCCUUUGAAUGAAACUGUAACAGUGAAUUUGGAGAAAGAUAUGAAUUCAAUCUCCAGUGAACUAACUGUACAGUUCAUUAGUACCAACUUCAAUGAAAGUAACUACAAAAUUGGGUUGAAAAAGGAGGCCAACAAUAUUUUGAUAUCACCAAAGGCUUCCAUUGUUCUAACUUAUACUCCAAAAAAAGAUGAGUAGUGUGACAAUUCUACAUUAUAUGUGACUAAUAUCAUUGCCAAUCGUGAAUCCAGUAAUUGAAAUUUAUAUUCAAAGCCAUAAAUCUCGAAUAAAAAAGAUUCCUUCAUUGUUGUU